AUGCAGACCCUCACCCUACGCGCCGGCCUCUCCGCCCGCCGCUCCACGCCGCCGCCGGCCAGCUCCGCGCACCUCGCCGCCUCCGGAAGGUGCCUGCUGCGUGCCCCCAGCUCGCUCCGACGCCGGAGAACCCGCUCUCUCAGGGCCUCUGCCUCUCUCGAGCAGGUCAAGGAAGUCGCCGGCUCCCCGGCUCCCUCCGGGAAGAGUAGUCAAGCAACUAGAAGAGAUGUGAGGAAUAUAGCAAUUGUUGCUCAUGUUGAUCAUGGGAAGACAACUUUGGUGGAUUCAAUGUUAAGGCAAGCCAAGGUUUUCCGAGAUAAUCAAUUUGUGCAGGAAAGAAUAAUGGACUCCAAUGACCUAGAACGGGAAAGAGGAAUCACGAUUCUGAGCAAGAAUACAUCAAUAACCUAUAAGGGCACUAAAAUCAAUAUAAUUGAUACUCCUGGGCAUUCAGAUUUUGGCGGGGAGGUUGAGCGUGUUCUCAACAUGGUGGAAGGAGUUCUGCUAGUGGUUGAUUCUGUAGAGGGGCCUAUGCCACAGACAAGGUUUGUUCUGAAGAAAGCUCUAGAAUUUGGACAUGCUGUUGUUGUAGUUGUAAACAAGAUCGACAGACCUACUGCUCGUCCUGAGUUUGUGGUGAAUUCAACAUUUGAACUAUUUAUUGAAUUAAAUGCAACUGAUGAACAGUGUGAUUUCCAAACAGUCUAUGCAAGUGGAAUUAAAGGAAAGGCUGGUCUAUCUCCAGAUAAUUUAGCUGAUGACCUAGGACCCCUUUUUGAGGCAAUUCUUAGAUGCAUACCAGAGCCACGCAUUGAGAAAGAUGGUGCCCUGCAAAUGCUUGUAUCUAAUACUGAAUAUGAUGAGCACAAAGGAAGAAUAGCAAUUGGACGGCUGCAUGCAGGAGAACUUCAGCGUGGCAUGGAGGUCAAGGUUUGUACACCAGAUGAUGCUUGCAGGGUUAGUAAAGUAAGUGAGCUUUUUGUUUAUCAGAACUUCAGCCGCGUCCCCGUUGAAUCUGUUAGUGCUGGUGACAUUUGUGCUGUAUGUGGAAUGGAUGGUAUCAUGAUUGGGGAAACUAUAGCUGAUAAAGUUACAGGAACACCAUUGCCCACUAUCAAAGUGGAGGAGCCAACAGUCAGAAUGUCUUUCUCCAUCAAUACAUCACCUUUUGUUGGACGGGAGGGGAAAUACGUUACUAGCCGAAAUCUCCGUGACAGGUUGUAUCGCGAGCUCGAAAGGAAUUUGGCUAUGAAAGUAGAAGAUGGGGAAACUGCUGAUACAUUUCUUGUUAGUGGCAGAGGCACACUGCAUCUCACAAUAUUGAUAGAGAAUAUGCGGAGAGAAGGAUAUGAAUUUAUGAUUGGACCUCCAAAGGUCAUAAACAAGAUAGUGGAUGGAAAACUACUAGAGCCUUAUGAGAUAGCUGCUGUUGAGGUCCCAGAGGAGUCCAUGGGAUCAGUUGUUGAGCUUUUGGGGCAAAGGCGUGGACAAAUGGUUGACAUGGAAGCUGACGGGCCGGAGGGAACAACAUUGCUGAAAUACAAGAUUCCUACCAGAGGCCUCAUUGGACUUCGGAAUGCAAUUCUUACAGCUUCUCGUGGCAGAGCUAUACUGAACACAAUCUUUGACAGCUAUGGCCCAUGGGCUGGGGAUCUUAGCUCACGUGAUCAGGGAUCCUUGGUUGCUUUUGAAGAUGGAAGCACUACUUCUUACGCACUUCUUAAUGCACAAGAAAGAGGUGUGUUGUUUGUCCAACCAGGGCAGGAUGUUUACAAAGGUCAAAUUGUUGGUAUCCAUCAAAGACCUGGUGAUUUAGCAAUUAAUGUGUGCAAGAAAAAGGCUGCUACAAAUGUUCGUUCUAACAAGGAAACUACAGUGGUUCUUGAUGAAGCUUUAAGCUACAGUUUGGAUGACUGCAUAGAGUUUAUCCAAGAAGAUGAGCUAGUGGAGGUUACUCCUGCAAGCAUCCGCAUGUGCAAGAACCCAAAAAUUUCAAAGAAAAAGUAA